CACACGACAAUAACAAACCAAAAACCACAUAAUAACCACCAUUUCACAUUUCCUCAUACCACAAAAACAAAACUAAAAUGAAUCUACUGCGUCCGUUCCCUGACCAAAAAAUAUCCAUAGCAUUUUCUCUCUUGGCUCUCAUCGGUGUCGGUCUCUUAAUCUUUACAUUCAUCGGAGACGAAACAAACAACCUCAUUUGCACCGGUUCAUCAACCACCUUCAACAACAACUUUCAAACCACCACCGUCCCGUCCCAGCUUCGCGCUAUUCUUCAUUACGCCACUUCGAAAACUGUCCCGCAACAAUCCCUCGCCGAGAUUUCGAUAUCGUUCGACGUCCUUAAAUCCAUCUCCCCUUGCAAUUUUCUAGUUUUUGGCCUAGGCCAUGAUUCUUUAAUGUGGUCAACUUUUAACCCUGGUGGGUUAACUAUAUUUCUCGAGGAAGAUACAAAGUGGGUCCAUACUGUUUUAAAAGACGCACCUGAUUUGAAAGCUGUGCACGUUAAUUACCGUACACAGCUUUCUGAAUCAGAUGAUUUAUUGAAACAUUAUAAAAAUGAACCCGAAUGUGGGGUCAGUAAAUCUUAUAUACGUGGUAACACACGUUGUAAGUUGGCCUUGACGGGUUUGCCAAAUGUAGUGUAUGAUAAGGAAUGGGAUAUAAUAAUGAUUGAUGCGCCUAGGGGAUAUUUCCCCAAGGCGCCAGGUAGGAUGGGGGCGAUUUAUUCCGCUGCUGUUAUGGCUAGAAACAGGAAAAAACCCGGGGUCACACAUGUGUUUUUGCACGAUAUCGAUAGGAAAGUUGAGAAGGCGUAUGCGGAAGAAUUUUUGUGUAGGAAAAACUUGAAAGACGGGACGGGACGGUUGUGGCAUUUUGAGAUACCGCCCGCGUCCCGGAAUGGUACCGAUGUGAAAGAUGAAUUUAGUUUUUGUUAAGGAUCGAUGUAGUGUUUUGAGGUGUGGUCAAAGCCUUAUGAGAUGAUUAUUGUCAUAUUUUGUAUAUGAUAUCUUUAUUAUAAGGUAUUGUUGUUAGACUUUUUGUAUUUUUAGCAUCAUCAGAAGUAAUAUAAUAUGUGAUCAGAUAGAUUUUAUGCUUUA